GACAUGGUUAAACACUACAACGAAAGAUCAACCUUUCACAAGACUAAAAUUGUUUAAUUCAAAGUUCGAAAAUUUUAAAAUGAUGAACGUUUCUUUCAAGCUUUCACUCUUGAUUUUCAUUUUGGUUAUCACAUCUGAUAUUGGAUCAGAAGCAAGGGAGCUAACAGGAGCUGACAAGAAAUUCGAAGUUGCCACCGGAAGUUCAAACUACGGCGGCACCACCAGGACCUUAAUGCAAUCCCCACCUUGCAAAAGAGAUGUUGAUUGUAACUUAAGAUGUCCCAAGGGAGCUGGAAUCUGCAAUAAUGGCAAAUGUGAUUGUCUCUAAUUGGAUUUAUCGCAUUCUAAUGUAUUUCUAUCAAUAAAAUUUAUCUACCAAUAUUCAGACUUUAA